AUGUUCCGAAACAACUACGAUAACGAUGCAGUCACCUUCUCUCCACAGGGUCGGAUAUUCCAGGUGGAAUACGCACAGGAAGCUGUGAAGCAAGGAUCUGUGGUUGUAGGAUUGGUGAACAAGACACAUGCCGUCCUUGUCGGCCUCAAGCGAAAUGCCGAAGAACUAUCCUCCUACCAGAAGAAACUCAUCGAGAUUGACUCGCACAUGGCGAUCGCCAUUGCCGGGUUGGCCUCAGACGCCCGCGUUCUGUCCAAUUUCAUGAAGCAGCAAUCGCUCGGCUCAAAGAUGACCUACGGUCGUCCGAUCCCUGUGGAACGUGUCGUCAACCAAAUCGCAGAUCGAGCGCAGACCAACACCCAACACUACGGCAAGCGGCCAUACGGUGUGGGUCUGCUCGUGGCCGGUGUCGAUGAUGCUGGCCCUCAUCUGUUCGAGUUCCAGCCUUCCGGUAUGAUCCAGGAGAUGGUGGCUUGUGCCAUUGGCGCUCGCUCGCAGAUGGCGCGCACAUACUUGGAGCGAAACCUCGACCAGUUUGCCGACUGCAGCCGGGACCAGUUGAUCAACCAUGGUCUGCGAGCAUUGAAGGAGACAUUGUCGCAGGAUAAGGAGCUGACAGUGGAUAAUACAUCUGUCGGCGUUGUUGGAUUGGCACCUGAGGGCUCCAAGGCUCGCAUUGAGAGCUUUAAGCUGUACGAGGGUCAGGAGACUCUGCCGCUCUUGGAGGCUUUGGAGCGGUCCGAAUCAUCUGGCACGAUGGAGGAAGAGUCCAUGGAAGUUGAUUCAUAA